GAGAGAUUGAACUUUGAAGAGAGGCAAAAACCCACAAAGCCCCCUCCCCCCAAAAAAAAUGGCGAAUCAGAAUUAUGAUCUUGCCGCCUAUCUCACUUGCUUCCUUCUAUUCCUCGGAUUCGCUCAUUGCAACGACGAACUCUCUUCUGAAUCAUCCGAGGCUAGCUCAGGGAAAGCAGGAGGUGGUCGAAACCUUCUCCAAGAUUCAUUCAGUGAAAGUUACAGGGGACCCUUGAAAGGCUAUUCACCGUGCAACAUAUCGUUCGACACGAUGGACUACACGGUGUUCAGGAAAGGGUGCGGAGAGCUGAGGAACCCAGACGACCACGUGCCGCGGAAGACGUGCUGCGCGGCGUUCAUACUGUUCGUGUGCCCCGUGAGGGAGUACAUCAGCGACGAGCACUCGUUGUGCAUGAGCGACAUGGUGAUGAACAUCAAAAUGCGGUGCGGGCUGGAGUCGACCUACUUCUACAACUUCUGCCAAGCGAGCGUCGAGAAGCGCAUCGAUUGCGAGCCGAUCGACGAGAUCCGCCGCCGGAACGGGAAGAGCCCGCUCUACGUUCCUCCUCCUGGCGCCGCACGCGGCGACCACGGCACGUUUCCGGACCCCGAACUCCUCAACGAGACAGCCCAGUCGCUGGCCUCGCCGCCGCCGCCGGAGCCGUAGGUCCCCCAAAAAAAUCAAGCAGUAGCUAAACUACUUCAUGCGUGUAAUUUUGAAUUUUACAAUGGAGAACCGCGGUUCAAUAGUGAAAGAUAUUUCGGACCGAUAGCACAUUUGGUUCGAUUCUUUUUUUUCCCCAGUAUUUAUAAUUUAUGGAACCAAGAAACGC